AUGGAGGGUCCGGUAACGGCGGUAGAGCAGUACUUUAAUCAGCUCAUCAAUAUGCGUCUUCUUACGCAGGUGGUUGUUUCCGACCGGCAGGGAAACACAAUUAUGGCGUGCUUUGGGAGCUCAAAACAGCCGGAAGGGCAGGAAGGUGCCGCAAACGAUGGUACUUCCGGUGUAGACGAUGACCUUACCAUUGAAAGCAACGUGGUGCUCAGCGGAGCUCACUGUUUCCAGAAUUUGGAGCAACUGCAAUUGGGCAUUCCUUCGUAUAUAAGUCUGCAGUACCACGAUGCCACGGUGGUCCAGUCGCUUGAUGGGUGUUGCAUGCUGACCUUGAUUGGAUGCCGUUCGCAGGGCCAUUUUGUGGGGGGGCUGCUUGUGCUUCUUCCUCAGAUACGGGCCACACCGGCCUAUCGAGAAUUGUUAGAGAAAACUCAAGAGUGUUUUCAGUGA